GAGAUUUUUAUUUUAUUUAUAUUCAAGUUACUGAUUCUAUUAUUUUUCGAAUAUAGCUAUUAUGAGUAGGCUAAUAGCACAGAGAAAGAUAGAGAGGAUAAAUAAAAAAAAUCCUCUAUUCUUAUUAGCACAUUCAAUUCAACCCUCAACCAAAUUUAUUCAUGAAAGUUUUGAACUCUUGUUAAAUUCAAUAAAAGAAACCAUGUUGUUGAUUCUUCAAAACUUUUUGAGCUCCAUGGUAACAAAAAACAAGAAAAACUUGAUCAGUGAAGGAAGUUUGAAUAAUAAAUUAUGUAGUGACACAGGACAAAGAAACGCUCUAUACAUUCAGUCAACACACAUCAUCCAGACACCAAAAUUACUGACAGUGGGAAUGCCACUAAGAUUUUAAAUUACAACAAUGAACAACACAAACAAUACUGAAAUUAUGUCGAACAAUAGUGAAGUUGAAGAUUUCCACAGCUGUGAAAUUGAUUUACGAAACCCUGAGGUGCAGUUGGCUUCAAAAGAAAAAGUCGAACAGGACCACCCUACUACCGCGCUGCUAACGGCCACAGAAUCGACAGAGUCAGCAAAUUUCUGCCGCAUCUGUCACGAUUUCAGUGAUAACGGCAACGAACCGCUGCUGAGUCCUUGCCGGUGCAAAGGGACGCUCUCAUUGGUCCACAGAUCCUGUCUCGAGACCUGGUUGGCUGCUUCGGACUCCAGCUACUGCGAGCUCUGUGGCUCCCGCUACGUCACUGUCAGGACUCUCAAGUAUCCAUGGCGUGUGACGUCAGUUCUGCGCUGGCUGCAAAGCGCCGAGAGUCGUCGUGACGCCCGUGAAUUGGCGCUUGAUCUGAUGACGUUCUUUGUGUUCACACCUAUGGCAGUGGUCUGCACCUACCUGGGCAUGUUCGCUGCCGAAAACUACUACCUAUACGAGAUCGAAAUCAGGCCAGGAGAGAUGUCAUCGACAAGAUUCGUGGCUCUGCUGGCGGUUAGCAUGAUGGCAACCCUAGACAUGGCCUACCUGUCAUGGCUGAUGCUGCGCACGCAUCACCACAUGUACCAGUGGCGCUCCUGGUGGCGGCGACAGUGUAUCGUCAAACUCGUCUUGGCGCCAAAUUCAAAUUCUGGGCGCGAACAGCAUGGAACCGCUGGUUUAGUGAGCGGUGUCAACUCUAGCACGAGUUUGCAAUGAUAACGGGAGUUGUUGAUGGAGAAAGGACAAGGGUGAGGAGGAAAAUAAAGAGAAUAAUCGACAAAGAAGGAAGUAGAGAUGGAUGAAAAGAAUAAUUAGAAGAAUGAUAAGGAGAAAAAUUAGAAAGGUUAUUAGGAGAAGGAUGAGACGAAGAGUGAGAAGUAUCGUAAGAAGGAUUAAAAGAGGAUAAGAAGAAAAAUUUGAAGGAUUCUCGGAGAAGAAUAAGAAGUCAAUUUAGAACGAUUAGAAGACGAUAAGAAGAAAAAUUAGGAGAAGGAUUAGAGGUGUAAUUAGGAGGGUUGAAGGAGAAAUUUGAAGUAUUAGAUGAAGAAUUAAAAGGGUAAGAGGUGAAAUUAGGAGAAUCAGAAGAAAAAUUCAAAGUAUUAAAGAAUUGAAGAUGAAGAAUUAGGAAACAUAGAAUUAUUGGAAGAAGGAUGAGAAGAAAAAUUUGAAGUAUCAGAUAAAAGGAGAAAUUUGAAGAAUUAGGAGAAAAAAUUAAAGUAUCGGAUGAAGAAUUAGGAGAAGGAUGAGACGUAGAAUUGGAAGGAUAAGAAGAAAAAUUUGAAGUAUCAGAUAAAUAAUUAAGAGAGGCAUCAGAGAUAAAAUGAGGAGAAUUGGAAGGAUAAAAAAUAAUUAAAAGAAGCAUAAGAAGAAUUAGGAGGAUAAAAAAAAUUAGAAGGAUAAAAAGAAGAAAUUUGUUUGAAUUGUGGAUUCAAAGAUCACUGAAAUGAACGAUGCAAAAAUAAUCAUCCUUGAACGUUUUUAAUUUAGCAUAGUUUAAGCUUUCUACUUUGAUGAGCUAUUAUUGCAUUGUUCUUGGGAUCGAUCUCCAUUACUCAUGGUAUUCUGUACUAAGCUUAUUCCUCACUCACUAUAAAGGAUACCUGAAUUAUGAAAACUUGGGUUAAUACUCUGAAAGAAAAACGAAAAAUGUAUGAAAAAUUAUCAAUUUAUUAAAAUAUUCUAUACAAAAAGACAUCAAUCAUUGUUAUACAAUAGCAAUAAAACACACUUAUUUUCAAGGAACAGAAUAUUGUCAAUUGAUGAAUAAAUAAAUACAAUAUAAAUGAAUAAUGAUUACAUAAAUUUAUCAAAUAAUAGAGAUUAAAAGAUGGAAACAAAAUACUGACAGAUAUGCCCACAAUUGAGACUGUCUCCAGAAUUUUAGAACAACUUACAGUACCUCAAUUUUAUCUUACAACUUCAAUUCUUAUAACUUGAUCUUUUUAUCUCAGAUAAUAAAUUAAAUUAUUUGUUGAGCGUGAUGUCUAAUUCAUAUGGUUUGCAUCUCAAUACAACAUACAUAACAAUUUCCAUAUCCUAACAUAUUAAAAUAAUUGUAAGUUUAUUUCAAUUCAAAGACAAUCAGACAAAACUGAAAAUUGGGGUAACGUAAUAACUAAUAACAGCGAUAACUGGAGAAGCCAAAAUGUCAAUUAUCAACAAUCGUUACCAACUAGAGAACAUGAAAAACACGAAUAACUUGUUUACUUACCUAAUUUUCACAGUCUUUACUUAUUUUCAACACAAUAUUUUGAUUAUUUUUCGUUAAAACUAAUUUAUAAAGAAUCUGAAGAAAGUAGUAAUAAAUGAACAUUGAAAAACACAAAUUUAUUACUUACCACAAUAAUUUUUAGUCUUCAGUAAAUUUCAAACAUAGUAUAUAUUUUGUUCUUUGGAAAAACAUUUGUAACAACUAACAAGACAACAUUGAAAAACACAAAGUAAAUUGUACAUCUCAUCAAGCCUUCGCCAACUUUCAAACAUUAUGUUUUUUGUCUUUGUACAAACAUUCAAGGAUAAUCAGUUGUGAAUACAAAAUAUAAAUUGUGGAUUAUUUUUUUUAAUUUUUCUCAAAGUUUUAAUGGACAUUUAAUAAAA